AUGAUCCUCCCAGAGCCAGAGCUGGAGAGGAGCAGCUUCCUCAUCUCGUCCAAGCUCAGUGCGAACAGCAGGCUAUCCUCAGGCUCAAGUUGUUCAACAAGGAGCAGUGGAACCGAUUGUGCUGAGAAGUACAAGGUCGCCUGGGAAUCAGGCGCCUUGCAGGUUAACAUCCCGCAGAGCAGUAGAACAUCUUCCAAGCGUCGGAAGCUACACCUCCAGCGGCAGGAGCAGCUUCUUCAGUUUCUGAAGGAAAACGGCUUUUCCUCAGAUGUGUCGGAGCCGCGGCUGCCCACUGGAUGCAUGUUGUUCCGUGCUGAGACGCUUUAUCCCAUCCACGUAGCAGCACAGAAGGGGGAUGCCGCUGUCGUCCGGAUGCUCCUGGCAGCGGGCGCUAAUCCAGAGCAGCGGACCUCCAAGGGACGCACUGCCAUCGACUUCGCUGUGAAGUCCAAGGUACCCCAGAGCAGGCAGGUCCUGGAGUUGCUGCGGAGUCAGGGCCGUGUACUUUGCCUGCGGGAUGCAGUGGGGCUGAUGCAAGAGAAUGCCGAGCCAAAGCUUCCGUGUCUCAGUGUUAAUGUGAAGUGCUAA